UACCCAUCAUCUUUUUAAAAACAAAGUGGCAGCUAAACACGCAUUAUCAUUUUUUCCCUCUCUAUCUCUAUCUAUUUUCUAAUUUAUCUUUUGAAAAAUUUAAUAUAGAAUCACUAGAUUCCCGUCGUAUGCAACGGAGUUAAUAAACCGCGACGGAGGAGAUCGAUUCCGCUCUCUCUCUAUCUAUAUAUCGGAAACGCCGCCGGAGAAUCAACACUUAGCGAAGGACUAAUCUGCGUGUUGACGGAGCUGGAAGCAGCUGCUAUUUUAUCUUCUCCAGAUCUCUAACCGAUUCUCUCACCUCUUCCUGUUUCACCGGUUGUUAAAAUCAAAAGCAAUGGUUAUUGAUGGGAUCGUAUCUUCACCGUUGAGGAGACACCAGUCUCUAAAGAAGCAGUGGGGAGAGUUGGGAAGCUGCUCCACGGUUAUUAACAGGCAUCGGUAUCUCUUAACAGCAUUGCUUCUUUUGGGCUUUCUCUGCACUGUUUAUCUUUACUUUGCAGUCACUUUGGGUGCUAGGAACAACUCCUCGUGUUAUGGCUUGACUGGGAACGACAAGGCUAUCUGUCAAGCCAUCUCUAAAGGGAAACUCAAACUGUUUUAGUUAUUUGUUCUUGUACUACUACAUUCUUUGUUCUUUUAUUGAUUGUAUAAUGCCAUUUGUGUGUAUUGUUCCCAUUACAUGGUGAUAAGCCAGAGAUUUGUAAUUGAAACAUCGAAACAUUUUCA